AUGGAAAAUUUCAAGAAUUAUGAUGAAAGUCUGCCUUACUCGCUAAAAACGGUGUUUUUAGCUGGUAACUUGCCACAAAUAAGCCCUAAUAAGCCUAAAACCCAGAAAGAAAUAAGAAGAAAUAACCCUUACUAUAUAAGUUUUGAUAAUUCUCAGGCUAAAAGAAUUAAGGAUUAUAGUGUUUAUCAGUGAAACGAUGGGAUUUUUGAGCUAAAAGACCAAGAAUCGUCUUUUACAGAAAAAAUCAAUUACAGUGGCUGCAUUCCGAAGAUUUCUCCGAUAGAGCAGAGAAUAGCGUUUCAGCAAGCACGACUGUUGAAAGUGCCAUCAAAAGACAAUAACAAUGACAGUCUCCAGCACUUCAAAAAACUCAUUGAAAAAUCUUUAAACAAGUCAAGAAAACCUGCAAAAAUAACUGAAAAUACACAAUGUACCCCAGACAUUGAAAAAAUUGAUAUCAGUAAAUUUUUAGAUAUGAAUAAGCCCAAACCCAAGUCCAAAAAGCUGCAUUUAUUAAAAAAUGAAAAGAAUAGUGCUAUAAGUCCUUAUAAACGAUUUUUAAAUAGAAUCCCAACUUUAAAUAACCCAUAUAAACGGGCAUGUAAAUCUCGAUCGGGAUCACUUAUGAAUGAAAGUUUAACUGUAAGGCAAAUAAAUUCUCAUAGAGAAAAUUCCUUCAGGGAUCAAACUAAGGAACAAAUCUUGAACGGAAUUAGAGACAGUCUCCUAUAUCUUCCAUAUACUCAUAAAAGAACAGCUAAGCAUAGAAAGUCCAAAGAUAGUGUCUAUACAGAAUCUUCUGGUGAAGAACUACUGUUGGAUAGCAAAUUAAACUCAUAG